UGGAAAAUAAAAUUUGCUUACAACAUUAUAGAUUAUUCUUGGCCACCAAGCAAGAAAAGUGACUUGAGAGAUAUUUAUUUUGGUGAGUUGUAUAUAUUGUGUAUGAAAAGAAUAUUGUUCAUUUGUUUUUGGUAUCUCAUAAAUCCAUCACAUUCAUAAUCUUGAGUUUCACUCAACGACACUCAUUAAGAAAAAACUGGCACCAGAAACGACACCGUAAUGGAUUCAGAACGACGUCGUAUAUGUGAUUACUGUAACGACGCGACCGCCCUGCUAUACUGCCGAGCAGACUCGGCCAAGCUUUGCUUCACCUGCGACCGAGAAGUCCAUGGCACCAACCAGCUCUUCACCAAGCACUCUCGUUCUCAGCUCUGCGACGCCUGUCAUGACUCUCCGGCUUCCAUUUUCUGCUCCUCUGAGAGCUCCGUCUUGUGUCAAAACUGUGACUGGGAAAGGCAUAACCCAUCUCUCUCUUCGGUCCAUGACAGAAGACCUCUUGAGGGUUUCAAUGGUUGCCCUUCUGUAACUGACCUUCUGGGUAUUCUGGGUUUUGACGAUUUUGACAAAAAAUCUCUGAUUUCGAAUGAGGAAAGAGAUGGGUCUUCCGGGUUUCAGCCUGAUGAUUUUUUAGAUUUGUCGCUUUGGGACACUCCUUCUAUUGUUAGUCUUGAUGAUUUCAUUGUUUCAGGUUCGUCUCAUAAUUUUCAGGCUAUGGGGAUUCCUCCACUGCCUAAGAAUCGUAAUGCUGUUUGCGGCCAAUACAAGGAAGAAGUAAUUGCUCAGCUUCAAAAACUGGCAAAGAUCGAACCCAAUACAAAUUUCGACAAUGGUGACACUACCAAGUUUCUUAAUUCUUUCAAAUCUCUUGUGCCUGAACAAAGUGUGCAGCCAGGAAGAGCGUGUAUUGAUAAUGCUGGGGCUGAGCCAGUUACCGUUCCAACAUAUGAGACUCCUUCAUGUCAGUGGACCAUUGAUGGUGGUGAGACUGCAGAUCAGAAAGUUCUUGUGGACAAAUCAUUUAGUAGUCAUCUCAAAAGAAGUUAUAAAGAUUUUGAGAAACAUUCAGAAAUUGAUGACACUUGGUGCCAUGUUAAUGAUGAUGGUCAUAAUGAGCAACCACAACAUCCUAUGAAUUCUAGAGCCUUCUCAGAUUUCCAGAAAGUGCCAUCAUACGAAUUGACCAGCCAGGAAAGAGAGGGUGCAAUUUCACGAUACAAGGAGAAGAGAAAAACAAGGAGGUAUGAGAAGUGCAUCAGAUACGAGUCCCGGAAGGUUCGAGCAGAAAACAGGAUAAGGAUUAAAGGGCGUUUUGCUAAGAUAGAUCGUGCUGCAGGACAAGUAGGACCCUGAAGAAAGAAAGAGACGUCUAUCUUCAUAAUAUAUCUCUUGUCAGUCGUCACACAAUUUACAAUACUCUUUUAAUUUUCAUUUCACCACUUGCAAACAACUACUAAUGUCAUUCUCCUAAGUGACACUCUUCUGCUAUCUGAGCCUCAAAGGUGAACGAUGGUUCAUCUGCUGAAAUGCUGCAAUGAUAGAGAUGUAAAUAGACUUUGUCAAUGCCAAGCAAAAGUACUUGUAAUCUCUGUUUUCACCAAAAUCAUAAACAUAAACUGAAAACCGAUUGUAGGUAUGCUUUGAAGUUUCGGUACAUCUGGUCGUGUGAAACAGAGCUACCCCUCUCCAACACUCCCAAUCCCAGAAGUCCCAUAUGAUAGUCACUAUUGUCCCUCCAAAGUUAACCAUCCCUUUCUGAAACACAGAUUAUGAAUUGUCAGUCCGAUCUUCAAAGUUGAUUUUCAAUAUGUUCACAUAACAACUUGCAUCAGUACCAUAGACAAGCUUUGUCAUUUAAAAUCCUGGUAAGAAUGGUUUGUCUGCCCCGAACUUGAGUGAAGUACUAGGAAUUGAAAGUUGACCGUUGGUUUGAUCCUGCAACUCCGAUGAUUGUUGCCAUCAAAUUGUUUGGCCUUGUUCCUUGCAUUUUUUUUUUGUGCCAAGUCCAUGUAGAGUCUUCCUGUAUGUAAGCUUUAAGUAAUAUGAAUGUAUGAAGGGCUGAUGUUACUUGUUAGAAAUUCUGACUUGUAUCAUGAAGACAUGUCUCGAACUUUGGCGUUGACAUGAAAAUUGUUGGACUUGAUUGAGCGUGAAGCAAGGAAGCUUGCUCGAGCGCGGGCUAGUUGAUGAGAAACAUUGGUGAAUCUGGAGCAUUGUGGUGGAUAAGUUUGAGGGUUAGGCCAUUGGCUUUUCAAGUUAUACCUGCAAUUAAGGACCGUGAAAGAUAAAAUGUUGAGAGAGCGUAAUGGUGUUUUGGUCAUAAUGAGUGAGAUUUGAAGCACAUGCAGACUUGGCUUAAUAUUGCUAGACAGAGUUUAACCAAAGUUGCUGGUUUGGUUUAAAACUCUCUUAUUUGCUAAAAGAUCUGCCAUGGAAAUGGAAUAAUUACACCAACAGAAAUUAUAUUACUUUUUUGUAUUGGUA